CUUACUGAACUUUGUACUUUGCUCUUAUACGCGUUAAAUAAAUUAAAAAGUUUAUUACUUGUUAUCAAGAGUUGCAUUAUCAUCAAUUUUUCAUAUCAUCUGACAGUGCAGAAACAGUUGUCGAGUAUAACCAUAAGUACUGUGCACUGUGGAAAACAGGAUACCAUUAACAUGAUGCUCAAAAAAGUAUUUAAUCCAAGAAUAUGCCAAAAUAUAGUGCGACCAUUUUCAGCAGCUGCUGAGUCAGCUCAAGGAUAUAAUUUCGAAUUAUCUGAUACACAAAAAGAAAUGCAAGAUCUAGCACGAAAAUUCACUAGAGAAGAAAUUAUUCCAGUCGCAGCAGAACAUGAUAAAACUGGAAAAUAUCCAUGGGAUCUGAUUAAAAAGGCUUGGAAUAUUGGUCUUCUGAAUAAACAUAUUCCGCAACAUUGUGGUGGUCUGGAAAGUAGUAUUUUUGAUGGCUGCUUGGUAGGAGAAGAAUUAGCUUAUGGUUGUACAGGAAUAGGAACUGCAAUUGAAGGCACAAGCCUUGGACAAACUCCACUCCUUGUAGCUGGGACCAAGGAACAGCAAAAAAAAUUUUUUGGAAGACUUCAAGAUGAACCACUUGUUACGGCGUAUUGUGUUACUGAACCUGGUGCAGGAUCCGAUGUAGCAGGUGUUAAGACUAAAGCUGAGAAGAAAGGAAAAGAGUGGGUAAUUAAUGGCACAAAGAUGUGGAUUACAAAUGGUGGUGUUGCUAACUGGUAUUUUGUUUUGGCGAGAACAAAUCCAGAUCCAAAUGCUCCAGCUAAUAAGGCUUUCACAGGUUUUAUUGUAGAACGUGAAAGCGAUGGUUUAACUCCUGGUCGUAAAGAAUUGAAUAUGGGACAAAGAGCAAGUGAUACACGAAUGAUAACAUUUGAAGAUGUUCGUGUUCCCGAAGAAAAUGUAUUGCUUGGAGAAGGACAAGGAUUCAAGAUAGCUAUGAAGACUUUUGACAGAACACGACCUGGGGUCGCUUCAGCAGCCGUUGGUUUAGCUCAGAGAGCUUUGGAUGAAGCAACGAAAUACGCGUUGGAACGCAAAACAUUUGAUAAACCAAUAGCGGAACAUCAAGCAGUAGCUUUUAUGUUGGCUGAUAUGGCUGUUGGCGUUGACACCUCCAGAACGGCAUGGAUGAAAGCAGCCUGGGCUACUGAUAAAGGAUUACCGAAUUCUACAUUACUUGCUAGUAUUGCGAAAUGUUAUGGUGCUGAUGUAGCUAAUAAAUGUGCUACAGACGCUGUACAGAUUUAUGGUGGUGCUGGUUACAAUUCUGAAUAUCCAGUGGAAAAACUCAUGCGUGAUGCAAAAAUUUUUCAAAUAUAUGAAGGUACUGCGCAAAUUCAACGACUGAUAAUAUCGCGUUAUCUUUUCGCUGAUGCUAAGCAAAGAAACUAACAACCUAACCUAACUUAACCUAACCUAACAAAAAAAAA